AUGGAUUUUGCAAAAUUCAGUCUGACGGCCUCGCAGCAGCUUGUCCUGCGGGCCUCUGAUGAGGCGGUGGCCUUCAUCGCCGCCAAGAGGCCACGCGGGACCGCCGCUGCUGCGAGGGCCAAGAAGCCAGAGGAGGUGGAGAAGGAGGCCCAAGCCCACGUCGUCUCCAAGGGCGGUGACCCUGGUAACCCCAUGCUGGUGCUGGGCUGCCACAGCAUCCAGUUUGGUAAGUACCAGGGUCAAACUUUCCGUUGGCUCCUGGAGAACGACGUGGGCUACACCACGCAGUUGGUUGCCAGCCACCAGCGGGAGUGGGAGAAAAGUGCCUCCGACAGCCCCCUUAUGGCCAACAAGGACGCACUCGCCCGGUACUCGUGCGCCCACCCUGCUUUUGCUGAGCAGCUGAGGUACCACCGGGUGCACGAGGAGGCCCGGGCUCGCGCCACUCUGCCCGGGUGUGAGGGCGAGGCGCUUGUUGGCUUUGGGGACUACAAGGAGGCCACCCUGAAGGACCUGUACGACUCCACGGAGAAGAAGCACCAGACCUUUGUCAAGUGGCUACGGCGGAAGACACCGCAGCCUGGGACCUCGAUGGACGCCGCCAGGAAGUACAUCCUGGGCCGGGACAAGGAGCGGUCGGCAGAGGCGGCUGCUACCCCCCCACCUCCCAGCAGCAGCAGCAGCACCACCACCAGCAGUGGCCCCAGCAAGGCCGCUGCUUCCACCACGCUGCCGCCACGCAAGCCGAUCGCUCCCAUGUUCUCGGCCCUACUGGGAAGGCGUCCAAUGGCCCCAGGUGAGCUGCAGACAAAGGUCAGGAAGCUGAUGACCACACCAGCACGGCCUGCAGUUCCAGCGGUGUCUACAUCCGUCAGAGACCAGCGCCCCUCGGUUCCGCCGCCGCCCCCCCCCACAGAGGUGACGGACAAGGAACUGGUCCAGAUGGCCACUGACUUAGAAACGGCUCACGUACAGGUCCUUCAGACUCUCCCGCUGGUGGUGAGGCCUCCAUCUCCACCUCCUCCGGCAUUGUCCUCCAUCCCCCCCCCACCGCCUCGAGUAGCGGCUGCUCCACCUACGCUCGCGGUUCCGGCUCGGGCUCCGGGGUUGACCAGGGAGGAGCCCCGUCGCGUCUCCGUGAAGGAGACGCCAUCUGGAGAGGCCACCCUGGCACCAGCGCCGGCGAAGAGGAAGAGGAAGGAGAGGAAAGUGGAGCAGCCCGCAACACCCACUCCUGCUUCGGCUGAGUCCCGGUUGCCUGAGAGCUGGCGGACAGCUCUCACCGUGGAAGAGCAGGAGUGGAUCGGUCGGGAGCUGUUUAGGACAGACAGCGAGGGGAGGAGCAAACUCACCACAGACCUCAAGCUGUGGACCAUCCGGAGGGUCCUGGACUUCGACGGCUGGUACUUGAUGGUCACCGAGUACCUGGAGUGCCGUCGGUGUAAGAGGAAGGUAGCUGCCUGGUCGCAGGAGGUCGUGAGUCAGCUGGGAGAGGGGCAUCGCGCCCUCUUCCCUGCAAUCCUCACCUACAAGCUUGCCUGCGACCGGCGGGUUAUCAUCCAGCUGCGUGAGCGUACUCUGGGGAACAGCGCCACGCAGCUGUACAAAAAACUCUGUGAGGCACACACAGAGGCCUGGAUGCGGCAGUCCAUACACUACCUCAGCGUCAUGGAGCCCUUCACGUCGCGGGGUGUCGUGCGCAUGUGCACCCCACCACCAAAACCGCCACCCGUGCCCCAGUACGCGUGGCUGUUAAUGGUGUACUGCCACGACAUCCUCUCCCGCCUGGAGGACAUGAAGGCCCGGGUCACCUCCGUCUUCGGAACGGUCCUGAAGAUGCAUUCGACCAAGAAGGUGACCCGGAAGUUCGCCGGUGCUGCCGCCCAGACCGCAGCGUGGGCAACGAACGUCGGCAACGAGCACGGACAGGUGCUCAUGUCCGUGCUCACGGACGCCGAGGGUGCCGGCCUGUUGUCCAUGGCUGCGGGGUUAAUGCGGCGGUAUCGGGACGCUGGGGUGGAGCCGCCUCAGCUCCUCUACGUUGACCGGGACUGUUGUUCGUCCCACGGGGGAUCCAAGACAGCUGACAUGUUCAGGAAAUGGGACAAGCUGGUGGUCCGGCUGGACAUCUGGCACCUGAUGCGGCGGUUCGCGUCAGGUGUCACCACCGAGAGCCACCAGCUGUAUAAACCCUUCCUGCAGCAGCUGUCUUCGUGCAUCUUCCUGUGGGACCCAGAGGACGCAGCCCGGUUGCUCAACGCAAAGAAGAGGAUGCUUGAGGCGCAGGGGAUGACCUUCUCGUCCGACGCCGGAGUGUGGAGGCACGUCAGCCGCAAGAAUAUGGCUCUCCAUUGCCGUCGCCGCACGCUGCGGAGCGGCGGAGACGGAGCGGCUGAUCGGUGACCUCCUGGAAACCUUCGGCGGUGCCAACGGACGAGACACCAUGGGGAUUUCCCUGCUGGACCAAGACCGCAUCCAGAAGAUCUGGACGGAGCAGCGGCGCCACCUCCAUUGCAUCCAGGACCCGCCGGGCGUGGAGCUGUAC